GCAGCACCACCUCCGAUGACAUUGCCGCGCGCGAGGCCGCUCGACAAGCCGCGCGAGGCCGCCGAGACAUAUACAUUCAGAUACGCAGUAAGUCCGCUUGUUCAUGCAGGGCUGGGUUGUGUUAGGUUAGGGUUAGGCUGGCGGAGGCUAGUUGGCUCGCGUGCUCAUUUUCCCGAUUAGCGCACCUCGCGACGCUGUACCCGACGUACCCCAACUUGAUUGUGAGAUCGCAACAGACGGCUGGCGCGGGAGGCGUGCCGAAUUAUGUUGCGGUGGUAUUGUAUGUAAGAUCUUGUGUUUUGCCUUGGGGUCAUCGGGGCAGACCUUAGAGUUGGCUACUACAUCCUUCGGUCGCAUCCGGCAUCCCAGACAUG